AUGAACCUCCUACUAGCCAAAAUUCUCCAGGAAAAUCGGAUUGCCAUAGCGGUUGCAUCCAGCGGCAUCGCAGCAACUCUACUGCAUGGCGGUCGUACGGCACACUCAGCAUUCAAAUUACCACUAGACCUGACCAAACAGGGAAAUCCCACUUGCAAUGUUAGUCGUGGCUCAGCCAUGGGGAAUCUUCUCACUGAGUGCAGCCUUAUCAUCUGGGAUGAGGCAGCCAUGUGUCAUAGGGCAGCAUUUGAGGCGCUCGAGCGGUUUCUUCAAGACCUGAGACGCAAUAUGAGAGUGAUGGGUGGAGUGAUUGUUCUGCUUGCUGGCAACUUCCGACAAGCUCUACCUGUCAUUCCACGGGGGACAAGAGCUGACGAGGUAAAUGCUUCCAUAAAAUCAUCCUACUUAUGGCACCACAGCGAAAAACUUCACCUGACUCGAACAUGA